AUGAAGGACAUCCUUUUGAAACGGAAGAGGUUGAUUAGUGAAGUGAAGACUUGUCUCCUCUCUAAAAACUGCAAGUCUUCAGAAGAACACAUCAACCAUGCCUAUCACCUGCUGAUGACACGACUCAACGAGGAGCAUGCUGAGAUACGCUUUUCAGCUUUCCAGAUCGUGCAGGAGUUGUUCACACGAUCUCAUAAAUUCCGGACGCUCAUUAUUUCCGACUUCCAGGAGUUCUUGGAGCUGACAGUGGGGAUAGACCAUCAGCAGCCUCUUCCCCCACCCAAAGAAGUGGCACAGAAACUGAGGAGAGCAGCCAUUAAGUCAGUGCAAGACUGGCAUGACAAGUAUGGAGAGGCUUACAAGAAGCUUUCCCUGGGAUACCACUUCUUAAAGCAGAAUAAGAAGGUGGAUUUUCAAGAUGUGCAUGCCAGAACUGUGGCUGAAAGGAGGAGGGAAGAGGAGAAGCAAAAACGACUAGAUAACAUCUACAAAGAAAAAGCCAAAAGAGCUGAAAAAGAAAUGGAAGAAAUGUCCCAAGAGAUUGCCAACACGCUGACAGAGAUGGAAAACUGUUUCCAGCUUCUGAUGCCAGAUCCUUUUGACUUCACUGUGAACAACAUGGAACUGGAACCCCACAAACAAAUGUCUGCUAAUGAGGAUAGGCCUUCAUCCCCCUUGUCCUCCCAGUCCUGUUUUGAAUGCACGGAUGAUGAACGGCCAUGCUGCAGCAAGGACGUUCUUUCUAUUUCUCAGUGUGUUAGAACUGAUAAAAAUGAAGACACAGAUGAAAAACAGGAGAAGCCUGAGAAUAAAGAGUUAGAUGGAGGCACAUGCUCAGAAGUUCAGUCUGGUGUCCCUGCUCUCAGUGAUGAUGAUUACCAGACUUUUGUUAGGAACCAUGGGCUGAUUUCACAUAAAUAUACUCUAGACCUUGAAAUCUCCACAGAUAUAAAAGUGCAUGAGAAUGAAGAUAAUAGUGCCAUAAUAAACAAUGUCAUGGAUGCUCACAGACUUCUCAGAAAUAAGUUCUGGCCUUCUGUGCAGUCCUGGAUUCAGUUAUUUACCAGAGCAGGAAUAAAUGAUGAUCGGCUAAAAUGUGUCAUUGAUCUCAAGAAUAAAUUGGAGACCGCUAUGAAGAAAUACAAGGAAAUGAACAUUUCCUUUAAAGCGAGAAAAAGAAAAGUGAUGAAAGCCUCAGAUGACGACGAUGAGGAUGAAGAUGAAGAUGAAUUUGUGGAGGUCCCUGAGAAGGAAGGUUAUGAGCCCCACAUUCCAGACCACCUGCGUAAGGAGUAUGGGCUUGAGCCUCAGACACUUCCAAAAGCACCAGUGGGGAAGACAUCAACAGGACCAGCUUCAGUGAACUCCUGCACCCAGCUGAAAGGGAAUGAAGAUGAACUUGAUCCAACCUGUGCAGCUGCCACGCUGAAACUUAUUAGAGACAAACUACCAAAGUUACCACCUCCACAUGCCAGUGACUCUGCAACUACUGAGCCAGCAGCCUUGGAAGAGCCUGACAGUAAGAGAAGAAAACUAGAAGAAGAAAGAGCUAAAGCUCCCCUCAUGCCUUUUGGAUUAGAUCUUCACUACUGGGGACAGGAUCAGCCAAAUGCUGGGAAGAUUCUCAAAUUUGCUUCUGAGCAUCGAUUUUGGGCACCCAGUGAAGUAGAGGAAGAAGUAGAAAACAAAGAAAUAACUGAAAUGUUAAAAACUAGAUAUAUAACAUUUGCUGGCAAGUUUGAACCAGUGAAACAUAAAUGUCGAGCACCAAUGCCUGAUGGAAGACUGUGUGAAAGACAAGAUCGGAUUAAGUGCCCUUUCCAUGGAAAGAUAAUUCCUCGGGAUGAAUCUGGAAUUCCCAUUAAUGCAGAGGACAGAGCCAGAGAAGAAAAGAUGCGAUUUGAGAAGCAAGCGGCUCAGCCAGAGUGGCGAGAUCCAGAAUUCAUGAGAGAAGUUGAAGCAGCUACAGGAGUGGAUCUUGGUUCUUCUAAAAAUAAUGGAAAAGGAGGAAAAAAGAAAGGGAAGAAGAAAAAAUACCCAAAUCUGACAGACCUGAAGCAGCAGUCUAAUACUUCUCGUUCCCGGCUUGAGAAGAAAGUCUUCAAUAAAGGUGCUGUGAAACGGGUGGUGAAAGCAAUGAACCAAAUGGACCGAAGAAAGCAUGAGAAGUUUGCCAACCAGUUUAACUAUGCACUGAAUUAAAUUGUUAAUCCUCUUUGCCCUUCAUUUUGUUACAAGAGUGCAACUGAACGAAACAUUUAUCUCAGAUAUUCGCGUUUACACUAAAAUACUGUGCUAGGUGCAUUUUUACUGGGGUAAAUUUUUAAAUUGUUUUUGACUUUAACUUAUUUUAUAAUGAAAGUUAAUUUUGGCAAAGAUGUGAUGAUAUAGAAAGGAAUGCACUUAAUUUAAUAAUUAUUUGAAAUGUACAUGAUAUAGAGCAUGUUUUAUGACUUUUACAUUGUGUAAAAUGUUCAGGUUUUGGGGACUUUUUUCCUUCUUAAGGGACUCAUGUAAUUUAUACCUCCUUUGUCAGUACGUGUCCUGUAAUUUUCCUCCACUUCCAUGCCUUUAGAAAAAAGAUGCCUUAGAAACAAUUAAAUUUCUACUGGAGACAGCAACACACAGAGUAUUUGCUCAGCCUACUGUGCUAGGAAGUGUACCACAUCAAGCAGCACAGUGGCUCCUGCAGUACCUCUGAAGACCUCUUGUGUACACACAAAAAAGAAAAGUCAAAACCAACUGAUGCCAUCAGGUAAUGAAUGG